AGGCAAGGAGGCGGUGUCUGAGAGGGCCGUGGCAGGAGCGGAAUGGAGGCGGGGCAGAGCGGUAAUGGGUGGGGCCUAAAGCAAGGUGAGGUUGAGCUACUGUCUGAGGCAGAGGGAGGUGCACGCGGCAGGCGGGGCGGGCUCCAGGUCUGAUCAGGGGCGGGGCCUAGGCUGGGGCGGGCUUUCCGGGUUUUAAACUUGGCUUCCUCCAUCCCGCCCUCUCCUGCUCGUGGGCUCCUGCGCAUACUGUGCCGUCCCGGAGGAGGUGAGGCGUCUGUCCUUCAGGGAUCCCCCCAGACCUGGCAUGGAGAGCUUGGAGGAGUGCGGAGAGGACGCCGCGCUGGAGCCCUGCAGGACCCCCCAGGCCUCCGUGACAUUCAAGGAUGUGGCCGUGGACUUCACCUGGGAGGAGUGGAGGCUCCUGGACCCUCCCCAGAAGGAACUGUUCUGGGAGGUGAUGCUGGAGAACUACAGGAACCUGGUCUGCCUGGGCCUUGCUGAUUCAAACAAGGAUGUGAGGAUCUCUGAGCUGGAGUCAGGGGAACCACAUUGGAUUCCAACUGGUGGUGUCCUAAGAAGCUGCUGGCCAGGUUGGGAAUCGAGGCUGCAGACCAAGGAGUCAGCUCCCAAGAUGAGUAUUUCUGUGAAAGUCUUAUCCCAGGAAAAGUUCUUGGAGGAUGAUCUAAGAAUCUGCAAGAUGGCGAAAACCUGGGAGUGUGAUGGCAGGUUGAAGAAAAAGGAGAGCAUGGAGGGGAAACCUUCUAGAGGAAUAAAAAUAAUCCAAGCAGAACCUCCCAAUGAGGCUGGAGGCUCUGCAUAUGAUAAAUACAGUCAGACCUCUAGCCCAGAGCCAGGCCUUUUUCCACAACAGGGAGCAUCUGUAGUUAUGCAGGGCCAGAAAGGAGAUAACCAGAGAGGGAGUUCCACCAUGUAUUUGAACCAAGGACAAAGUGAUCAAAUCCAUUCCAGGAAGAAACGUCGUAAUAAGGUUACAAAAUGUCAGAAAGUGCUGGGCCAUGAUUUGGGCUCCAUAAAAAAACGUGGAAUUCUUUCUGAAGAGAAAGUUCAUGAAAGGGGGAAUUCAUUCCCUCGUAUUAAUGAAUGUGGUCCACACCAGACAACUGAUAGGGGGAAAGAGUGUAAUGAGUUAACUAAAUGGAGGAAGACAGGUCGUGCUAAACUUUACUCUCGUUGUCAGAGUAGAGAGAGACGGUACAAAUGCAGUGAAUGUGGAAAGGCCUUCCAGCAAAAGGGGGAUCUUAAAAGACAUUACAGAAUUCAUACUGGAGAGAAACCUUUUAAAUGCAGUGAAUGUGGAAAGGCCUUUUCCAGUGCUGGAACACUAAAACGACAUCAGAGUACUCAUACUGGAGAGAAACCCUUUGGUUGCAGUGAAUGUGGGAAGACAUUCGGAAGAAAUUCUCACCUUUUAAGUCAUCAGAGGAGAAUUCAUGGAGUAAUUAAACUUUAUGAAUGUAACGUAUGUGGGAAAGCAUUCUCUAGGAAGUAUGAUCUUACUACUCACAGUAGUAUUCAUGCUGGAGAGAAACCCUUUGAAUGCAGUGAAUGUGGGAAGGCCUUUUCCAGGGCUAGAACACUAAAACAACAUCAGAGUACUCAUACUGGAGAGAAACCUUUUAAAUGCAGUGAAUGUGGAAAGGCCUUCCUGCAAAAGGAGGCUCUUAAAAGACAUUACAGAAUUCAUACUGGAGAGAAACCUUUUAAAUGCAGUGAAUGUGGAAAGGCCUUCCAGCAUAAAGAGGCUCUUAAAAGACAUUACAGAAUUCAUACUGGAGAGAAACCCUUUGAAUGCAGUGAAUGUGGAAAGGCCUUCCAGCAUAAAGGGGUUCUUAAAAUACAUUACAGAAUUCAUACUGGAGAGAAAGCUUUUAAAUGCAGUGAAUGUGGAAAGGCCUUCCUGCAUAAAGGGGCUCUUAAAAGACAUUACAGAAUUCAUACUGGAGAGAAAGCUUUUAAAUGCAGUGAAUGUGGAAAGGCCUUCCAGGAAAAGGGGGCUCUUAAAAUACAUUACAGAAUUCAUACUGGAGAGAAACCUUUUAAAUGCAGUGAAUGUGGGAAGGCCUUCCAGCAAAAGGGGGCUCUUAAAAUACAUUACAGAAUUCAUACUGGAGAGAAACCCUUUGAAUGCAGUGAAUGUGGAAAGGCCUUCCAGCAUAAAGAGGCUCUUAAAAGACAUUACAGAAUUCAUACUGGAGAGAAACCCUUUGAAUGCAGUGAAUGUGGGAAGGCCUUUUCCAGGGCUGGAACACUAAAACAACAUCAGAGUACUCAUACUGGAGAGAAACCUUUUAAAUGCAGUGACUGUGGAAGGGCCUUCCUGCAAAAGGAGGCUCUUAAAAGACAUUACAGAAUUCAUACUGGAGAGAAACCCUUUGAAUGCAGUGAAUGUGGGAAGGCAUUCCGAAGAAAUUCUCACCUUUUAAGUCAUCAGAGGACAAUUCAUGGAGAAAUUAAACGUCAUGAAUGUAACGUAUGUGGGAAAGCAUUCUCUAGGAAGUAUGAUCUUACUACUCACAGUAGUAUUCAUACAGGAGAGAAACCCUUUGAAUGCAGUGAAUGUGGGAAGGCCUUUUCCAGUAAGUCAUAUUUUACCCACCAUAGCAGGAUUCAUGCUGGAGAGAAACCUUUUCAAUGUGAUAUUUGUGGAAAAGUACUUCUCUCUAAAUUUAACCUGAACCAUCAUCAGAAAACCCAUAUUGAAGAGAAACCUUUUUUGUGCAGUGUUUGUGGGAAAGGUUUUCCUGGGAAAAAAACUCUGACUGCACAUCAAAGAACUCAUGCUGGAAAGAGAACCUCUGAGUGCAGUGAAUGAGGAAAGAUCUUUCCUCGAAAGUCAUCUUACAUCUCACUCUACUAUUCAUAUUGGGGGAAAAAUCUUUUGAAUGAGAAGGCUUUGGGAAAGCCUUUCCCCAGAAAACAGCACUGACUCUCCCCAUCAGAAAACAUAUUCUUGGGGAGAAACAUUAUGAGUGCGAUGUAUGUGGAAAGGCUACACCCACAAUAAAAGCCUUUCUUUCAUAAGAAAAUACAUUGGUAUAGGGCUGGAGCCCACCAGCUGUGUGGUUUAGUAGAUGGAGAGCCAGACGUAUUGUGUAAUUAGAAAUCUUCAAUUCUUGAACUUCAUCUCCCAGAAUUCUUUUUAAUUCAUCCAUGUUACAUCCUCACAUUUGGUAAAUAAGUUGUGUGUAACUCCACCCUUUCUCUCUCUUCUGAUGGCGCUCUGUGCUCUGAUGGCUAUGAGUGGGGUCGUGGGAAGCUUUCUUUAACUGAGAUUAUUUUCCUUAUUCUUCAAAUAUUUAUUAAUAAACUAUACAAAACGUAAUACUUGAAGUAUUUGGAUAUUAAUAUUUAACCUUACUUAUUUGGCCUACCACUUCGGGAAACGAAUUCUCAGAAUUUCUUCUCAGCCUCUCAGGGAAGUCAGUAAGUUUGUCCAGCGGUGGGGUCUUGUUCCAUCACAGGAGUUGGGAGAGGUUUGGAGGUCGGUCACUGCUUCUAUCUCCUGCUCGCUCACCCUGCUUGGCUUCCACUGCAGCUGCCGCUGCCCCAGCAGCCAUUCCUGCUCCUCCUCCUGCUGCUACUGCGGCUUAUUGUUGCUGCUACUGGUAAGCUGCCCCAACCUGUCUUUUCCACCCACCCCAGCUUGCUUCCUAUACUUCCUGCCAAUCCCAGCCCAGUGGGGAUCCCUUUCUCCUACCAGGCAGCCUUUGACCCAAAGGGGGUCCUGGUCCUCCCUCCUAGCUAAGCCCUCUUUCCACCACAGCUAUAGGGUGUCCUCCCCUCUAAACCCAGCCCAGGAACCUUGGCUUAAUCCUUCUCACCCCUGCCGGGCAAAAACCUAGCGAGGUGGUCUAGAAAAAACUUCAGUCCUUAUCUCUGUCCACCUUACCUUUUGUAUUCUGGCACAUUGUACUACCUCAACCUCCUCCUCUGCUACACACAUUUGUCAUAUGUCAUGCCAUUGGCAUGCUAUGGCUUCAGAGGGGAUUCUUAACAUCAACUGGAAAGUGUAUUGCCAGCACAGACCUUAUUAAUCGACUUCUUUCUGUCCUCUAGCUCCCUGAAGACAUAGCCAUUGGUCACUGCUCUGUACACACCUGGCACUGACCCUGUCUCUAGGGGAAAUGUCUGAGAAGAUUCUGCUGCAAAACUAGUGGCCAUAGAAGGGCCUGAAUUAAUUUUAACAUUCACAACCAUUGAUGACUUAAAUUUAUCACUUUCCUAUAAUGAAAAGGAAAUGGAAAAAUGGAAGCAAAAAUGUAAAGCAAAAUAGAUUCGUGUAGUAUGGUUGUCUUCUGAAGGAAAACUCCAGCUCCCUAGAAGUUUUUAUCAACAAAUUUGAUGAUCGAUGCAUAAAAUGGCUAUUUUGGCACCCAGGGAAUUGUAGAUUCUGUUAAAAGAGUAUGGAAAGCCCCUGGUAUAACUACUAUAGCCUCUAAAGUGUGUACAGCCUGUUCUACCUGCCAAGCAUUUAACCAACACACCUUUUGUGGCAAAGCUUUUGGUGGACAUCCUCACUUAUACACCAUUUCAGCAUUUACAAAUUGAUUUUAUCUCUAUGACAAAAGCUGAACAGUAUAAAUGUGAAUUUUAGAUUUAAUCCACCCUGCUUAUACUAACAAAACAGGAAUGUCUACACCCCUACUUAAGAAUUAAAUGUUAAGCAAGCAAGAGCUAGAAAAAAAAUCAGAAAAUGUAAAAUCAAUCAUUUUGAUUACAUUAAAUUAAAAAGUUUUUGUACAAACAAAAUGCAUCCAAAAUUAGAAGGGAAGCAACAAAUUGGAAAACAAUCUUCAUUACAAAAACGUCUGACAAAUGUCUAAUUACUCAAAUUUAUAAAGAGCUAAACCAAUUGUACAAAAAAAUCAAGCCAUUCUCCAAUUGAUAAAUGAGCAAGGGACAUGAAUAGGCAAUUUUCAGUUAAAGAACUCAAAACAAUAAGCACAUGAAAAAGUGUUCUAAAUCUCUUAUAAUCAGAGAGAUGCAAAUCAAAACAACACUGAGGUAUCACCCCACACUUAGCAGAAUGGCCAACAUAACAGCAAAGGAAUGUAAUAAAUGUUGAAAGGGAUGCGGCAAAAUUGGGACACUAAUUCAUUGCUGGUGGAGUUGUGAAUUGAUCCAACCAUUCUGGAGGCCAAUUUGGAGCUAUGUCCAAAGGAGGAUAAAAGACAGUCUGCCCAUUUAUCCAGCCAUAGCACUGCUGGGUUUGUACCCCAAAGAGAUAAUAAGGAAAAAGACAUGUACAAAAAUAUUUAUAGCUGUGCUCUUUGUGGUGGCAAAAAAUUGGAAAAUGAGGUUAUGCCCUUCAACUGGGGAAUGACUGAACAAAUUGUGAUAUAUGUUGGUGAUGGAAUACUAUUGUGCUCAAAGGAAUAAUAAAGUGGAGGAAUUCCAUGGGCACUGAAACAACCUCCAGGAAUUGAUGCAAAGUGAGAGGAGCAGAACCAGGAGAACAUUGUACACAGAGACUGAUACACUGUGGUACAAUUGAAUGUAAUGGACUUCUCCAUUGGUGGCAAUGCAGUGACGCUGAACAACUUGGAGGAAUCUAUGAGAAAAAGCACUGUCCACAUCCAGAGGAAACACUGUGGGAAUAAAAACACCAAAGAAAAACAACUGCUUGAAUACAUGGGUUGAAGGGAUGUUGGUUGAGGAUGUAGACAUUAAAUGAACAGCUUAGUGCAAACGAACAACAUGGAAAUAGAUUCUGAUCAAGGACACAAGUAAUACCCAAUGAAAUUGCGCGUUGGCAGUGGAAAGAGUGGGUGGAGGGGAGGGAGGGAAAUAAUGUGAUUAUUGUAACCAAGGAAUAAUGUUCUAAAAUGACUAAAUUAAUUCAAAUGGAAAAAAAAAAAGAAUUAAGUGUUGAGAAGGAUGGUCAGUAACAAACAUAUGCUAGCAAAUGACAAAUCAGAAACAACUGACAGACCCCCUGGACUGUCCUAAGUCAAGCUUAAGCUACCAUUGCUACAUGUGAGAUGCAGGAAGUGAUGUAAAAAAUGUUCUAUAUAUUUCCCAUCACUUCCUCUCUCUGGCCUCUUUUUGCAGAGACGUGACUCGUUGGCAAGAUGUGGCUCUGGCUCUCUCAGGGAGACAUGGCUCUCACUCUGUCUCCCACUAGUGGAGAAGUUGGUCUCUGUCAGCAACUUGGGGGGUGUUGGGUAGCGUUUAGCAUCUUGGGUCUUGGUGUGGGCAUGCUAGGUGAGUAGUUUAGACUGAUUCCUUUUUCGUUUACCUUCCAAAACACUAUCCUCUUAGGAAGCCCCUAAUCUUCUGAGGAGGCCUUGUGGUGGAGGUCUUUGAACUCCCCUUGGCACAGGCUAGACUGGAGAAAUUUUAUACCUUUUCCCCUCUUUCUUCUUAAUUCCUUCCCUCUAUAUUAAUUAAAGCACUCAAAAAUUUAAAA